CCAUCGAAUUUGGAUCGAGAAUAUAACUUCCCUUCCUUGCCGUCGCCAUCUCCACAUCUAUCAGCAUCGCGAGGCGGAAACUCACCCGAAAAGCCCUACCUUUAACUCCCGGCGAUCAAAAUUCCGAUCCCUGAUCUCCUCGAGCCACACCGAGACUAUCUGGGCUUUGUGUAGUCUUACCAAGAAAAAUGAAUAGGCUCAACGGUCCUGCCCGUCUCAUGAUUGUUUCAGAUCUUGAUCAUACGAUGGUUGAUCAUCAUGAUCCUGAGAAUCUCUCACUGCUAAGGUUCAAUGCAUUGUGGGAAUCCCUUUACCGCCACGAUUCUCUGUUGGUUUUCUCGACCGGCCGAUCACCUACACUUUACAAGCAGCUAAGGAAAGAGAAGCCCAUGCUGACACCAGACAUAACAAUCAUGUCGGUUGGUACGGAGAUAACAUAUGGUGAAUCAAUGGUGCCCGAUGAUGGCUGGGAGAAUGUUUUGAAUCAGAAAUGGGAUCGGAACAUUGUCAUAGAGGAAACAUCAAAGUUUCCCCAACUGUCAUUUCAGUCAGAAACAGAGCAACGACCCCACAAGGUUAGCUUUUACGUAGACAAGGCACAUGCUCAAGAAGUUGUGAAGUCUCUUUCAGAAUGUCUAGAGAAACGCGGGUUGGAUGUGAAAAUAAUUUACAGUGGUGGAAUGGAUCUUGACAUAUUACCUCAAGGUGCCGGCAAAGGACAAGCUCUUGCUUAUUUGCUUAAAAAGUUCAAGUCAGAUGGCAAACCACCUGUUAAUACUCUUGUUUGUGGUGACUCUGGCAAUGAUGCUGAAUUGUUCAGUAUUCCAGAUGUUUAUGGUGUCAUGGUCAAAAAUGCCCAAGAGGAGUUGCUACAAUGGUACGCAGAAAAUGCCAAAAACAACCCUAAGAUAAUUCAUGCAACUGAAAGAUGUGCUGCUGGUAUUAUCCAAGCUGUUGGCCACUUUAAGCUAGGUCCCAAUACAUCCCCGAGAGAUGUUACGGAUUUAUCAUGUUGCAAGACAGACAAUGUCAGCCCUGCCUAUGAAGUAGUCAAGUUUUACUUGUUGUAUGAGAGGUGGCAUCGGGCAGAAGUUGAAAAGUCUGAAGAGCAUAUCCAAAACUUGAAGACUACUUGUCAUCCAACUGGAAUAGUUGUUCAUCCCUCUGGAGUUGAGCAUUCUUUUCAAGAAUUCAUCAAUGCAUUUGGAUCAUGCUAUGGUGAUAAACAAGGAAAACAGUUCCGAGUGUGGGUUGAUAAAGUUUUCACUUCAGAGAUCAGUUCAGAUGCUUGGCUGGUGAAGUUUGAUAAGUGGGAGUUGGCUGAUGAAGGGCGGCAAUGUUGUUUGACUAGUGUUCUUCUGAAAUCAAAGCCUGAAAAUCCGGGUGGCUUUGUCUGGGUGCAUGUCCAUCAGACAUGGCUUGAAGGAUAUGUGGCGAAUGAUCAACGUGCCUGGGUCUUGUAGGUCAUGCAUUUUUCCCAAUAACUGCCAGAGAAUUUUAUCUGUUUAACCUAUAAUAAUUAUGGACUAGAAUAGUGCUCUAUUUUUGAGCCAUUUUGUCCAGUCAUGCUGUGUUGGAGCUGUUCAGAGAACGUUUUAAUAUUUCUUCAGUUUGUGGAUGUAAAACUGCUCUUGCAGUCUUAUAUUUUCUGAGGAGUUCUGUGAGAAUGGUGUUAACAGUACCAUCUUGAUUGUUUUACAUCACUGUUUGAGAUGGCGUAUUUUAAGGAUGGUUUGAGGACAGAUUCUUGUGUGCCAUAUAUGGCUAACAAUCUAAAUUUUUAAAAUAUCAGAAAUUUGAUGGGGAUUCUGAGUUUUAGAAG